CAAUGCAUCAUUCCGGUCAUAUGCGGAAGGCGUACAGUUAUAAAGUUCAAUGUGCUUGCAACAGUUUUACACAAAUUAUUAGCGUAAAUAUACAAGAAUUAAAAUGACGAACAAGAAGAUCAUUCAGUUUUCUCAGAUCGUCUGGAGAGUUUGUAAUUUAUUCAUGUCUCUGUUUUUCGCAUUGGCAUCUUACGUGCAGAUAAAUGAUCCAGACGCUGUUUUGUGGAUGAUUGCUUAUGCUAUUCCAGCUGGAUUGUGUUUUCUGAUUUGCUGUCAACAACAAAUAACAGAGACAUUAUUAUGGAGGAGAAUUGCUGAUCUUCAUGUGCUUGUAUCUACUGUAUUUGUGUUUUUACUGGGCUGGAAUCUUCAAAAAGAGAAAAUUACAAACAUCUUCCAACAAGAGGAAGGAAGGGAAUUUUCUGGACUUCUGCUAACAGUUUUCUGGUUGCUGGUGUGCAGACAUUCAGGAAGGGGCGCUGUCGGCUCUCUCAGGCUGUUCACUGCUGUGGGAAUCACUGUGUUUCCAUUCAUCACAUGGAUGUAUUACUACAUAAACACAGAACUGAGAUCAGAUUGGCCUGAACACUGUACAACUGCAAUUUAAACCUUAACCCUGAAUAAAUCACAUUAUAUGGACCAAAAACAAAACAAAAAAACCUGAGCACUGUAUUAUCUCUGUGAAAGUGUUUUAAAAGAGCUCUAUAAAUCAAAAUGACUUUACAAACUUUAUAGAUCAAAGCUAGAUUUUUGAAGUGAUGCAGAACUUACAGUAUUUAACUUAGAAAGCAACUUUUUGGAUUAUUAUAUUUUGAAUCAUGUUGUCUGCAACAAUGUGUAUUAUGUUUUAGGGAAAGGGAUUUCACAUGAUUCUCUGAUUCUGAGCAUGUCUGAUCUUCAGUCAGUCAGGAGGAGCCUACGUUACGAAAAUCACCCACUCACACUGAACACAUGUGUUUGCUGGACAGAAUGCAAAGUCAGUUUCGAUGGUUGUGCUCACUGUUUUGAGAGCUUUAAUGUGAAAUGCAGAUGUGAUAACACUUCAUUAUAGGAUAAGAUGAUUGUGGAAACUUUGAUAUGCUGUUUAAACAAAUACAUAAGGCAGUAAUUCAGGAUAGAGUGUGGUUUCAAGUGAAUUAAGUAUACUUGGACAUUUCACUGGGUUGUAUAAAAAAAAAACAUUUUCAAAGCAAGGCAUUAUAACAGGAACUAUUGGUUUGAGAAUGUGAUAAAAGCCUAAAGACAAAUUUCUAAAUCAUAAAACAUAUCUUAAACUUGUUCUUCUACAUCUUUUCCAGUUAAAAAUUCUUUUUUUUUAUUCACACAAAGUUUCUAAUAACAGAUACAAGAAUGCUUUCAUUUUCAUUGCUCUCCUGUAAGGUUAUUGUAAGAAUGCAGAACAUGUCCAAACUUUACUGUUUAAAAAGACAAACAACUGAAGUUUCAUUUAAAACUCAAAAGAUAUAUGAGAUGGUGUCAAUCAGGGGUGUAGCCACGAGGGGGCCUGGGUGGGCCUUGGCCCCCUCAUUUACAUAUGCUGUCAUCUUCGCAUGAGAGUUCAUUAAUAUUCGGUGCCAAUGGCAGCUGGUGCGUAAAGUACAAUAUUACGCUUUUUCAAAAAAGCACUGAAAGAUGAGCAAGGUGGAGAAAAUGUGCCAUCUACAUCAUCUGAGUCUACUUGUUCUGCUGAAAUGGUGAAGUAAAUAUGCUGUUUUAAAUGUGUACAGGUGUUAAACUGUUUUAUUUAUAGGUGUUAUGCAUAUAUGUGAGUUGCCCCUCAUUUUAAGAUGGGACCCCCCAAAAAUAAAAUUCUAGCUACGCCCCUGGUGUCAAUACUCAUGUUGCACCUUACUU